AUGGGAAAGCUUAAUAUAAUACAUCUAUGUUUUCUGCUUUGUACAAAAAUGGGUUGUGCAUGUGAGCUACAACACAAGUUUGAAAUGCGAGAUAUGUAUAAAGAAGGACACAUUAUGAUAGGUGGCAUUUUUCCUAUCUUUAACAAACAGGAGGAUAUGCUUGUUUCUUUUGAGAAAGAACCACAUAAUGCUGAAUGUAAAGGAUUUGAUCUGCGAGCAUUUCGCUGGACUAGGAUGAUGAUGUUUGCAAUAGAUGAAAUAAACAAUGAUGAUUAUUUGCUACCAAACAUCUCUUUGGGAUAUAAAAUUUUGGACUCUUGUGCCUCUCCAACUAAUGUAUUGCGAGCUGCCCUUACUCUUGUGAGUGGAUCAGAAGAAAAGGAUUCUUCCUGUCAUCCACCUCCCAUAUCAGCUCUUAUAGCCGAGUCUGGAUCUACCCAGUCCUUAGCUGUGGCUGAGGCACUCGGACCAUUCAGAGUGCCAAUGGUAAGUUACUUUUCAACAUGUGCAUGUCUGAGUAACAAAAGGAAAUAUCCCACAUUUUUCCGCACCAUACCAAGUGACUAUCACCAAGCAAAGGCUUUAGCUUUCCUGGUCAAACGAUUUGGCUGGAAAUGGAUUGGUGCUUUACAGUCUGACAAUGAUUAUGGAAGAAAUGGUAUUUCAGCAUUCGCAAAGGAGGUGGAGGCACUUGGUGUUUGUAUUGCAUUUGUUGGGACAAUUCUGCGGACAUAUCCCCAAAAUAAAAUCCUUGAAGUUGUUGAGAUGAUAAAGCAACCAACAGUUAAAAUGAUUCUUGCAUUUGUGCCAGAAGGAGAUCUCUAUCCUUUAAUGCAAGAAGUGGUAAAACAGAACAUAACAGGAAAACAGUGGAUUGCAAGUGAAGCCUGGAUAAGUGCAGCCCGACCAUCCACUCCAGAGAUGUUCCAAUCUUUUAGAGGGACAAUUGGAUUUGUGGUCCAAAAGAUGGCCAUCCCCAAACUGGGACCAAUUCUAAAAGAUAUCAGCCCUUACCAUAAUUCAGAGUCCAGCUUUGUCACUGAUUUUUGGGAAACAGUGGUGGGCUGCAGGCCUGUAUCUUCAGUAAAUAUUUUAUAUAACAGUACAAAAGUAUGCACAGGAACAGAAAAAAUUAAUUACACAAACCAAUUUUUUGACAUUACACAACUCAGAAUCACAUAUAAAGUCUAUCAAGCAGUAUAUGCGAUUGCACAUGCGCUUCAUCAUUUAAUGUUUUGUGAAAUGCCAGAGACCAAUAUAUCAAGACUAUGUCUUAAUGCAUCACAAAUUACCCCAAAUAUGGUAAAUGAACAUUUAAAAAAAGUACAUUUUGUGGAUACAGUUGGGGAAAAGGUGUUCUUUGAUGAGAAUGGAGACCCACCUGUUUCCUAUGAAGUAAUAAACUGGCAAAUGAGGGAUGGGAUAGUGCAGCAUAUUCCAGUAGGCCAUUUCAGCACCUCUGUAAAUGGAACGUAUGAACUUGUGAUUGUUGAGGACAAGAUUGUCUGGAGCACAGGAAAUCAGACGCCAAAAGCUGUUUGCUCAGAAAUUUGCCCACUUGGCACAAGAAAAGCACAAAUCAAAGGACUGCCUGUGUGCUGUUUUGACUGCAUCUCAUGUGCUGAUGGGUCUAUAUCAAAUACUACAGGAGCAGUAGACUGCAUCACCUGCCCUGAGGAGUACUGGUCAAAUGAAAGAAAGAACAGUUGUGUCAUGAAAAUCACGGAGUUCCUGACAUACACUGAAACAAUGGGGAUUGUUCUAACUGCUCUGUCACUAUUUGGUGCAUGUUUAGCUUUUUCGACCAUGGUGGUGUUCAUAUAUUUUCGAGACACACCAAUAGUAAAAGUAAAUAAUUCAGAGCUUAGCUCACUGUUACUUCUCUCUCUUUUCUUCUGCUUCCUCUGUCCUCUCACAUUCAUCGGUGAGCCUACAGAUUGGUCUUGUAUGUUACGUCACAUAGCAUUUGGCGUCACCUUUGCCCUCUGCAUUUCCUGCAUUUUGGGGAAAACCAUAGUUGUUGUGAGUGCCUUCAGAGCAACACUACCUGGAAACAAUAUGGCAGGAAAGUUUGGACCUGCACAACAAAGGGGCAUUGUGUGGUCAUGCACUGCAAUUCAAAUUGUUAUUUGCAUUCUUUGGCUAAAGAUUACUCCUCCAUUCCCUGAUAAGGUUUUUGAGCAACAUAAUAAAAAAAUUAUUUUAGAAUGUAAUACAGGUUCUGACAUAGCAUUUUGUGCAGUUCUAGGGUACAUUGGCCUUCUCGCUGUGAUUUGUUUGAUAUUGGCCUUUUUAGCCAGGAAGUUGCCUGAUAACUUUAAUGAAGCCAAAUUCAUCUCAUUCAGCAUGCUCAUAUUCUGUGCAGUUUGGAUCACCUUCAUUCCAGCUUAUGUGAGCUCUCCUGGAAAGUACACAGUAGCUGUAGAAAUAUUUGCAAUUUUGUCUUCUGCAUUUGGCUUGCUGUUAUGUAUUUUUGUACCAAAGUGUUAUAUCAUUUUAAUCAAACCAGAAAGAAACACAAGAAAACAUGUAAUGUCCAAAAAAUCCUAA